AUGUUCCAUGACCUUCUCUUGUAUUUCGCCCAUACCUACAGCGAGGUCUAUGGCAUCACAGAAGGACCACCGCUGCAUGAUCCAAUCGCUGUAGCUGUACUUCUGGAACCUUUAAUGAGCCCGCUUAUGAGAUUCGCCGACAACGGAGGCGAGAGGUGGCACGUCAGAGUCGUAACUGAUGGAUUGCAUAGCCGGCACGACGAGGAGCGAGGGCAGGUGGGCAGAACGGUGGUCACUAAAUCUGACCAUGGUGGUGUGCGCAUACCCCGGAGUAUGCAAGUUGAAAGCUUCUGGAGGCAGAUAGGCCGCUGCCUCGAAGAAGCAGAGAGAGAUCUUGGAUUCGUAGCUUCUCUCCGUCAUCCAUAG